AUGUUAGUGCCUUUGAGCAUCCAAAAAAGCAGUGCUCAUGAGGAGCAGUGCAUUGCAAAGCCCCUGAUUGAAAAUGAGGUUGGCCAGCUGCGUGCGCGAUUGCAUUUGCAGAGCAGUAUGUUGGAUUUGGCCCGGUGCAAAGGUUCUCCGCAUGCAGCUCCUGUGCGUGAGUUCAGUGCUAAGCCCCUCCAGGCAGAGGACGAAGACCUUGAGCCUUUUGUGUCAACGCCCGGGAGGCAACACUUCUAUUUGCGAGGACGGAUCUUUGAGGAGGCAGUUGCAAGUGCCCAAGCUGGCGCUAUGCCUUUGGUCUGGGAACACUUGUGUCGCCAACAAGCCGCCAGACAGGACAUGGAAGCUAUGAGACCCUACAUCUCAGAGGUUGGUGCAUGCCACGGCCAUGCUACCAGUGACAAAUGCUACACGGUUGGAUAUGGGGGCGACGCUUUUGCUGCCUGGGUCGCAUCAGCUUUUUGGGCAGGAUCCUUGCCCAAAGAAGUGUUGAACAAAGGAUGGCUCUGGAGGAUUCAGCUUAGGUAA